CACAAAUCACAGUUAUUUCAAUCCACGACCAUGGCACAGAAAAAAACAGACGGUUAUAUAAUGCUAUCCUACCAGUGGGAUAGCCAGGGUAGAGUUCAACGGAUACGAAGAGAUUUAGAAAGCCGGGGAUACAAUGUAUGGAUGGAUGUAAGCGGUGGAAUGAAAGAGGACAUUUACGAUUCGAUGGCAAGUGCAGUGGAAAAGGCAUCAAUUGUGCUCAUAUGCGUAUCGAGCAAGUACAAAGCAUCCACAAACUGUAUGAUGGAGGCUAAAUAUGCACAGGACAACAGCAAAAAGAUAAUUCCUCUCAUUGUCGAAAAAGGAGUUAAAUUUGAUGGGCCAUUAGGACUCAUAUGCAGUGGUAAAUUAUACUUUGAAUUGUGGAACGACAAUAUCUAUGAUACGAAGAUGAAUGAACUGAACGCAGAGAUUAGGUCAUCACACCUGACAACAAACUCUUCCGAGAAGGAUUUAUCAACAGCGAACGUGGAUGAAAUUUGCGAAUGGCUGAAACAGUUAGAUAUUGACCGUGAAACUGUCAACCACUUCAAACGUAACGGAGUUACAGGCGACGAUUUGGCGGAUAUAACCUAUGAAGAUUUAGUGAAUGACUUGGACGUCAAACCGUUUAUCGCUAAGAAGAUAUUGAAACGUAGAGACAAAGAGCUUGGACGAAGUAGUGCAUUCUCUCAUGACAUGUCUACUCCAAAGAAACAAUCCGGAGAUGGAGGUUCAAAGGUUAAACCCGAGCAGAUCGUUUUCCGAGAACUAGCCUGUGAACUGGGAGACGAAUUGAAUGCAUUAGGAAGUUACCUCGGAUUGACCGCAGCCGCAUUGAAAAGGAUUACGCUCGAUAAUCGGUUUAGUACGGAGAAUCAACUAGUGGAAAUGUUCUUGCAAUGGAGAAGGAGCCUGUCUAUGUCAGAUAAUAAGUCCGAACUGUUAUGUCGGGCGUUGGAAAGGUGUGGACGACGAGACUUGAGUGAGAUCAUAGCUGGAACACACUGGUAAACAUUCAGUUAUUCGGUUUAUCAAUCAAAUUGUUUGUUCCAUUCAGUUUAUCGUCGUGACGAUAAGAGUAUGUUUAGCAAAGUAAUUUAGCGAAGUGUUAUAACAAAAUAAAUGAAUAAUUAUAAUAUAUAUGUAUGAACUGGAAUUAAAAAAAUAUUAGCUCAGGUUGAUCAUGUGUAUAGUUCACGAACGAGUUCACACUCUUUGAAAUAAAUGUAAGUGAUAGCAU